GUCAGAAAUUUCAUUUUCUACUUUGUUAUUCCAAUAAUACUACACUAGUCGAAAAUGAUAUUUGAACCUUUUAUUAUCUAGUACUACCCACCAACUCACCAAUGAUCUCUUUCCUCUACUCUUCUUCCUUCCAUUUAUUAUAAGCAUAUGGAAUAAUAUUCUGAAGCAGUCAUCAAUCAUUUUCUCUCUCUAUAUUCAUUCUUUUGACAGCUAAAAUAUCGAAGAUCAAAUAAUGGCUAUUAUGGAGAAAAGCCACAGUAGAAAGAAUAACCAACACCGAGAAAAACUACUCUCGAAGUUAGAGGAUGGCGCCACCAAUGUUAUUUAUAACGAUGGUGGCGCCACCCCCGUUCUUUUAUUCAGUGUUUUCAUUGCCGUUUGUGGCUCUCUCGUUUGCGGUUGUGCUAUGGGCUAUAGCUCCCCUGUACAGUCUGGAAUCAUUGCUGACUUGAAACUCUCUACAGCUGAAUAUUCCCUCUUUGGAUCAAUGUUGACUGUUGGAGGUUUGUUAGGUUCACUAGUCUGUGGUAACCUUACAGACUACUUUGGUCGUCGAGGAACUAUGGGUUUAUCUGACAUACUCUACCUCACCGGGUGGGUUGCAAUCGCGUUUUCUAAGGAUGCUUGGUCACUUGAUGUUGGUAGACUAUCUGUGGGUUGUGCUAUGGGGCUUACUGUUUAUGUGGUUCCGGUGUACAUAGCAGAGAUUACACCAAGAAAUCUUCGUGGAGGAUCUGUGCUUCUUCAUCAGUUGAUGUUGUGCUGCGGAAUAGCUCUAGCUUACAUCAUGGGACUUUUAACAAGUUGGCGCGUCUUAUCUUUGAUUGGUGCUGUUCCAUGCAUCAUACAGUUUUUGGGCUUAUUCUUCAUUCCAGAGUCUCCUAGGUGGUUGGUGAAGGUUGGUCAUGAAAAAGGUUGUGAGUCUACUUUACGAAGACUAAGAGGAAAGAAAUUCGAUAUAGCUCACGAAGCAGCUCUAAUCAAAGACUCUGCUGAAACUAUUGAUCAAGUCUCGCAAGAUAGCUUCUUCGACGUGUUCCAAAUGAAGUAUGCUUUUGCACUUACAAUAAGUCUUGGGCUCAUGGCACUGGCAUCAUUUGGUGGAACAAAUGGGAUCUUGUUCUAUGCAACUACAACAUUUGAAUCAGCCGGGGUUUCAGCCAAAUUGGGUACCAUAGCAAUGGCUCUCAUCCAGCUUCCCCCUACUUUUCUCGGUGUAUUUUUGAUGGAUAAAAGUGGAAGACGUCCACUUCUGCUGUUUUCUGUUACUGGAAUGGGAACAGCUUGUCUAUCAGUGGCGCUGUCUUUCUUGAUGAAGGAUUAUGGAUGGAUGCCACACUUCAGUCCCUAUUUAGCACUAUUUGGCAUUCUGAUUUUCUCAGCGGCAUACCCUGUAGGAAUGGGAGGGAUUCCAUUUAUUAUAAUGUCAGAGAUAUUUCCAAUCAAUGUAAAAGGGGCUGCUGGAAGUUUAGCGACUGUAGUAAGCUGGUCGAGUGCUUGGGUUGUCUCCUACUCAUUUAACUUCAUGAUGGAUUGGAGCUCAUCAGGCACAUUCUUCAUAUUUACAAGUAUCAAUGUAUUGGCUUUGAUAUUUGUGGCAAAACUUGUUCCGGAGACAAAGGGACGUACAUUGGAGGAAAUACAAGAAUCACUCACUCAUACUCUGUAUUAGAAAUGUACAAGAUAUAUAUAGGAGAAUAUAUACAUGUACAUAGUCUAUUCUAUUUAUUCUAUUAUACUAAGUACUAGUUAAUCUUAGGUUUGUCUCACAAUUUGGUUGGAGAAUUAUGGUUUAUAUAUCUUAUGGUCUUACUUAUAUAAAAAGUAAAGAGUGAGUAUGUAGGGGAAAAUCUUUGUAAUAAUACUUUAAGAGAAAAUUAUCAAGGCUUUUUUAUGGUAUACCCAUGUGUUUUAAAAUAUUUAUGUGGUGUACACCUGUUUUUAAAGAAACUCAAUGGUAUCCAUUUUGUUUUAAAAGCGUUUAAUGAUGCCUUCCAAUCAGGUGUUUAAUGAUGCGUUAGCCAUAAAAUUAGCUAAUAGGGUCACUAUGUGUAUUAUUCAAAAGUAGGGUAUCACUUUAUAGAACAAAUAUUUUGCCCUAUCACCAUAUAGAUUUUUUGAAUCUUGAGGGAUACCAAUAUAGAAUUUUUCAAAAAAAAAAAAAAAAAAAAAUUUGAUAU